AUGGCGGCACCCAGUGGCAGUGUGAACUGGGAGGAGUUUGCCCAGUUCCAGGAAUUACUCAAAGUGAUAAGGACAAGUGAUGACAGAAUAGUAUAUAAAUUAAACACUAAGGUUCUAACAGCUUCCUUUGUAGGGAAAAUUGAUGCCAGCCAAACCUGUAAACAAAUUUAUGGGUCUUUGAUGGCAGCUCUUGCCAGUAGGAACAGAGUCAUAAAAAAUUGUAUAGCCCAGACCUCAGAAGUAGUAAAAAACCUCCAAGAAGAGAGAGAAAAUAAUUUGGACAACUUAAUGUUAUUAAAGCAACUCAGAAAAGAACAGACAAAGUUGAAAUGGAUGCAGUCAGAACUGAAUGUUGAAGAAAUAGUAAAAGACAAAGGCUGGAAGGUGUUUAAUAAACGGUGUCAAAUUCACUUCAAACCUCCAAAGAAUGAAUAAAGAAAGAGAGAUUUUUUUUUUUUUAAGGACUGGGUCAUCUCAUAAGAGGUAAGUAUGACAGAUAUCAAGAGGGCAGGCUU